AUGGUCAAGACACGGAGCAAGAGCACGGCCGCACAGCUCUCCACCGGACUAGACUCUCCGGCGACCAGAAAACGUGCAUUGCGAGACGCCGCGCCAGCAGAGACCGAGGGGGCAGCAACAACAAGUCGCAAACAGCCAAGGCGGAGCCAGUCUGCCUUCCCACUCGGCCGGAUCCCGUCCGACAGCCAUGGAGAGACUUCGACGGCAGCGACCGGCACGGGCAGCAAAGAUCUCGAUGAUCUCGUCGCUGCAGGCGUCGGCAGAGUCAAGGGACUCUUCUCCCUCUUCGGAGCUGCGCCCGUGCCUGCGACGGCGCCCGUGCCAUCCCUACAGAGCGAGUCCCAGUCUGAACCCGUUACUAUCAAACGAGAGCCUGUCAGUAGCACCUCGGCCGCCACUUCAGAACCCAAGCCAGCCGGUAGCCAGAAUAUAGCAGUCACAAUCAGAGUGCGGCCGUUACCUGCUCCUUCACUCGACCUGGCCGUGCCCGAACAGCUAGCAGCACUGCGGCAACAGGAAUCCGAGCAAGCGAAGCUAUGGACACUCGACCCGAACCGUGCUAGGCUUUCCUUGUUACCGACACAUCCUGCCCGUGCGAGAAGGCAAGCUACCAAUGGUACAGCUACAGACGCCAGCGAUGCCGAGUAUGACUUUACGUUUGAUCACCUGCAUCUAGCGCCUAAGCCUACGCAGGAACUCUACGACAAGACGAUACAGCCGGUCGUGCAGGCUGCAAUGGACGGCUACAACGGCACAGUGUUUGCAUACGGCAUGACGGCCUCCGGCAAGACUCAUACAAUGGCUGGUAGUGAUAUCGAACCGGGUAUCAUAUCGCUCGCCGUCAACGAGGUCUUUGACUGCAUCGCCCGGCAACUCUCGCCGUCCAACCCGUCACAGACCGAAGAGCGAGAUUGGAUGGUCCGGGUCAGCUAUCUGGAGAUCUAUAAUGAGACGCUCAAGGACCUGCUUGCUCCUGCAAAUGGAUCCGAGAAGGAUCUCAAGAUCAAAGUCGACUCGAAGGGGCGCAUCUAUGUCACGCCGCUGACAGAGGAGAUCGCCACGAGCCCAGACCAAGUACUACAAGCUUUGCAUCGCGGAGAGACCAAUCGGCAUGUCGGCGCGACAGACUGGAAUGAACGCUCUUCCCGCUCGCAUACGAUCGUCUCGAUGACAAUUGAGUCCUGCCUGCGUUCUAGCACAGCUGGUAGUAUUACGAGAUCUUCGACCGGCGCACUUGGCAAAUCGACUGCAUCCGAAAGUCCGACUGAGGCCAGUGACGCACCGCAAGCCGGUCUCAGCAGGAUGAAUGGCGCACAACACAAGGGCGUCCGACUGUCGCAGCUCAAUCUCAUCGACCUUGCUGGUAGUGAGCGUGCCGCUUCGCAAGACGAGCGUCGGAAAGAAGGCGCUUUCAUCAACAAGUCUCUGCUUGCGCUUUCUACCGUCAUCGAGAAGCUUUCCAUUGCUUCGGCGAGCACUUCCAAAGCACAAGCGCAGCAUAUCCCCUAUCGAGACUCGAAGCUCACCCGUCUCCUUCAGACUUCCCUGUCAGGCAAUGCUCGCAUAGCCAUCGUAUGCGCAGUCUCUCCAGAGCCGAAACAUGCGCUGGAGACGCUCAGCACGCUCAAAUUUGCGAGGAGGGCCAAAAUGAUCGUGACGAAAGCAGAGAAGGGCAUGAUAUUUGACAAAGAGGCUCUCUUGCAGCGCUAUCAGAGCGAGAUUGCCGAGCUGAAAGCACGGCUGGCGGCAGGCGAACAAAGCCGACUCGCCAUGCCAGGGCCUCAAAUCAAACAAGAAGACGAUGGCGAUUCACGUCCUGGCUCGCAGAAGGAUCUGCGCGACGAAGAGGAGCUUUCAAAGCUGGCGGAAAUCCAGCGCAGACGGCAAGAAGCAGAAUCUGCUUUUGCCGACCUCGACAAUCAACGCACACUCCUACAGGCUCAGAUAGCCUUCCUCAAUGAGCGCAUUCUGACUGGCAGCAAAUUCGAGGCAACUCGGGCAACGCGAGCCUCCGAUGACACCGCCAUUGCGUCGCACCUGCCUCAGCCCGCUUUCAGAGCGUUCAGUCUCAAUAUCGGUCGAGGCCCGCCGCCUAUGCGCGGUGUGGCUCGUCCACAGCUUGCAAGCAUACCCGCCGGCCCCGAGAUCGACUUUGAAGCAGAGACAGAGAUGGCAAAGCUUAGGCGGCGGAACGCUGAGCUUACAGCCACUAUAGCAACCCGCGACGAACAGCUUGCGUCACUAUCACAAGCUCGACAGCUGGCGGAGCAAGAGCAAGCAGUUGCCAUCGAGAGACUCAAUGCCCGUCUAGCAAUCCAGCAAGAAGAAGCAUCACAAGCAGCAGCUGCGUCGGUCAAGUCGGCCGACAUAAGUCAAAGAAUCCAAACACAAACGCAAAAAAUGAUGGGGAUCAAGUCGCAGCUUGAAGACGCGUUAUGGGAGCGCACACAAGCGCAGAAGAAGCUCGAAACGCUCCAGAACCAGCAUGAUGAUCACGAAGAGGCAAUGCGCAAAUUUACAGCGGAAAAGUUUGCGUUGGUGCAAGAACAGCAGCGGCAUGCGAGCGUGAUGCAAAGCUUACAAGUGCAGCUCGAGGCAAAAACACAGUACGCCGGCAAGAUCGGCGCCGAGCUGGCCACGCUCAAGCUUACUGCCCGGCAAGCAGAAGACUGCCACGCAACAGCAAUAGCAGAAGCGAGACGCAUGGCACUGCAACAGUCUGCAGAAGAGGCGAAGGAGCUGCGACUUCACAUCGAGCAGCUGAGAUCAGAAGCCAAGGCAACGCAAGACAUACAGGCGAGAUAUCAGGAGCUCCAGCUGGCCGUGCAAGCCGGUUCCGCGCACGCACAAGCCCACGAGCGAGCCAUGGAAGACGAAAGGUCAAAAUCUCAUAGAGCGCUCGAGGACGCGGCGAAACAGCAAAAACGCAUCGAAGAAUUACAAAGCAAGCUGGAUGCGCAGCAAAAGCGGCUGGACGUCAUUGAUGCAGAAGCCGCCCGCGUCAAAGAGGACCGACUCGAGAGCAUACGUCGCGAUCUGCGCUCGCCUUCUCCACCCGUCAUGCUUUCCAGGCCGCAAAAGUCUGUUCCUUCUUCGCCACUCCGGCCACGACAGACAAGUUCGACAUUUUCACCGGCAGGGACAGAGCGAUCAAAGACAGUCCGAGAAUCCAGACGAUUCGAUGGCGAGACGCUUUUCGCUGCCAAAGGCCAGCAAGACGAAAUCGAUCGACUGAACAAGAUCAUCGAGGGUCAGAAGACAAUCGAAUUGGAUCUGCGCGCUGCUAUUGCACAGUGGAAAGAGGUUCUCGAGGGCCAAAAUCAGCUUAUCGCAGAGCUGGCGACCACUACACCUGUGGACAGCGAACAGAAUGCAAGCUCGCGCUUCAGUCCGCCGGUCCCGACGCGGAAGAGCUCUCUGCAUCGUCCGCUGAGCCAGAUCAGCAUCAACGCAUCAGCAGACAAGUCGUCUGGCGAGCGAUCGCCUACCAAACGAGCGCAUUCGCCUACGCCUCUUCCCAAGCGAGAGAGUCCACCUCGAGUGUGGCGACAUCGUCUGAUGGGCAGUGAUGAUACCAAAUCGCCGCGCACCAAGUCUACGCAGAGUCUAGGUGUCGAGCAGAACCGGAUGGUUCGGACAAGAUCGACAGUGCUCGGACCACGAGCGCCAAGAAGGGUCUCUCGGAGCAAUAACGGAACCUCUGUCUCCAAGCCUGCCUUCGCAAGUGCUGCUGAUGGGGAAGACGCCGAGGGCUGGUAUGUAUGA